GUACAUUUGUAUUUAUUUUCUCUGGACAAGGCGAAGCGUGUGGAGGUGGGUGUAAAGAUGCAGUCUGAUUCUGAAUAAGUGCAUAUGUGAAAUAUGGAUUUAGAUUUAAUACAGACGAGCUCAGUUGAAUUAAAUUGAUACGCAGUUGGUUGAACGGUCAAGCUGGUCUUAUCGUCGCUAAACUUCCUCCAAAGUUUUCAAGGGAGGAAUUUAUCCAAAAUAUAGCAUACCGUGUCCGAAGAAAAACUGUGAACACAUAAUUAGCAGUAAUGCAUUUUAUAGUCAAAGUACAGAUGUGUUUUUUACACAAACGGUGACAUUUAUUUUCAGUUUGGUUAUCAAUUUUGUUUUUAUUCUGACCGGAAGUAAGGUUGCUGUGACGCGUUCAGUAAACCUUGUACGAGCUUUGCACUGCUUUUGGAGUUAUAUUGUUACAAGAAUGCAUAAUUACUACAAAGACAACACACUAAGAGUUGCUAUAACGACAAAGGCAGUUAUUGCUAUUCUUGCAGAUGUAAGACGUUAAAAAAACAGCCUUUACAGUCAUUUCUGUGUGUUUCAGUGCUAAAGUUGUCCUUUCUUAUCCAAAGUGAAGGAUGGAUGCUACUCAGAUGAUUAGUGACUCAUUCUUGGAGUCAGAUGAUGAAGAAAGUGAAGAGGAGAAUGGCAAUGAAAGAGGGCAACCAAUGGCUAAACUGUGCAUCUUAAAAAACCAGCACAUCUCCGAGACAGGUGAGUUGUUUGCAGUUAUUACAUGCCUGAAUUCAUCUAGAGUUGUUUGAUUUAUGCAAAUGUAUCAAACAUGCAUGUACAAGUCUUUAGUGACGGGCACAGCAGUUCUUUAAGAUGAACUGAAUCACUAAAAUCAGUUCACUAAAAAGAUUCUUUCAUAAGAUUCAUUCACCAAAUCACUGAAUCAUGUAGCGCUUGGCGGGAGAAGCCUGUGACUCUGACCUCCUGAACUGAUACACAGCUGAACAUUUCAGGACUCAGUUCAAUUCAUAGCCUCUGGGACUGGGAGACACGAGUGUUUGACUGUAUUGCUUUGGCAAACAGGUUUGUAAAAAUAAACUUGUUUGUAAGUCAUGAUGUUUUAAGUGUACUGUCCUAUGGUAUGCUAUUUAUCAGGUCUGCUCUGUUAAUUGGGCUCAGUGAGUGAUUCGUUCACUGAACAUUUAGAAGAAUUCACACUGAACAUGCACCGUUCCUUCCCAAACCGCUGCAAUGAUAGGAUGCUGCAAGUUUAAUGCACUACUUGUUACAUGCUAUGUCCUAUUGUAUGCAAGCUAUUGUUGUGGUAAUUUAGCAGUAAAAAAAAAAAAAGUAGUUUUGUUUGACAAAAAUGACUCAAGCGAGUGUAGUUCAAUGCAUGAUUGGUGCAUGGGGUCCCUCGUUCGCAGGUUGCUCAACUGGCAAUGCUAUUUCUCACUUCAGCUCAAUUGAAGUGAGAAAUGAAAGAAUCACUCGUGGAAGUGAUUCAGUUUAGUACGUUCACUUUAAAGACUCGGUUCUUGUGGACGAAUCGUUCGCAAACGACACAACACUAAAAGUCUUUUCUUCUUAUUUCUUUUAUGAUUCUCUCUUCUAGAGUUACCUCUAUUUUUGGGAGAUAACGUGUUGGGACGUGACGACAACACCUGCACUCUGCCCUUGCAAGCACCCUCAGUAUCCAAACAGCAUGCUACCAUCAGCAUCUCUGCCUUCAAGAGAAAAGGUUGUGACAAUGAGGUGGAGAUAGAGGCUUUGGUUUGGGACCUAGGAAGUAUGAACGGGACCCGGAAGGGCCGCCUAAAGCUGAGUCCAAAUGUUCGAUAUGCCCUCAGUGAACAGGACAGUUUGGUGGUGGCAGACAUCCCAUGUAAGUUUGUGAGCUGCAUAGCAGAUGUAGGGGACACAAGGGCUUCUGAGAGGAAACAGAAUGGGGUGAAUGCAGAGACUGUCACAGAGCAAAAGGCACGGGUGUCAUCACCUGAGGACAAGAGAAAUACACCACUGAGACACAGUUGCCUGUCUGUUGAGCAAACUCCAGUUCAGCUACAGGCAAGCCUUGUCCCCGAAUCUGACUCUGAUUCCGAUGGAGAAAGGCACAAGGCUUUAGGUAUGUAAAUUAUGUAAAUACCCAGAGAGAUACAGCCCUAAUUCUGUAUCUGAUAUUUUACAAGUUAAUUCUUUAUUCUUUCACAGUGUCCAAUACAGACUCAUCUAAAUCCAGUCCCUCCUGUUCAACAUUCCUAAGCUCUUUCAAUAAGACAAUUUCUGAAAGGUGAGUUUGUAACGUCAGAUUUUAAAAUAGAAACAUUCAUAAAAUAAGGCAUGACCAAGAAUGUGCUUUAACAAAAUAUUACCCGCUUACAAAUUAUAAUGCUUGUUUUGCAGUGAGGAUGAAAGUCCUAUCACACCAUCAUCCUUCACUAAAAAUAGGUCUAACAAACAUGUCAGCUUCAGCAAGGAGGAGAUAGACAUGGAUGUGGAGCGACAGCAGCUAAAGGAAAAAAAAGCCCUGGAGUUUUUGGAUGACAGUGAAGAUGAGGGAGAAAGAGAAGAAGAAAGAGCAGCACCUGCAGGGAAAACGUCAGAGGACAGUGGAAAAGAUGUGCCAGUGAAACUUGACAAUAAUGUCAGUCUGAAAAGAGAGGAUGAGCUGCCUGUAUCGGUACCAGCAGCCAUCACGCAUGCUAUUCCUGCACUUAACAUGGACAGUGACACAGACAUGGAGGGGGAGGAGGAGGGCGUGACAUCUGUGAGUCCCAUGGCCUUAAAAACAAACCAGAAAGCUGAUCAGCUGGUAGACACAGUCCACUUUCAUAUGGACAGUGAUACAGAUGUAGAUGAGGAUGAUGGUACCUCAGACAAACUUCCCAAAUGUGUUCCUCCAUCUGCUGACACCAAACCUCCACAUGCUGUAUCAGUUGUUCAGCCAGAGGGCAUCACUAUGGACAGUGACACUGAUGUUGAUGAUGAUGAUGCUGUGUCAGAUCCUGCUACGAAAGCAAAACCCGUGUCAUUUCACAGCCCACACACAGCUGACUCUGUCCUGUCAACCCAGCCAAAAGACUUCCACCUUGACAGUGACACAGAUGUUGAUGAUGAAGAAGAGAAGGAAUGUGGAACAAGUACCACAGGCUCCAAAAGAGACAAUGUUUCCAUGACAUCAGAUAUCAAGCCAAGCGUGCCUGAAUCUGCUUCUGCUGCUCCCCACGGUUCACAAGAUGCAGCUACCCCUACGCCUGCUGUCAGUGAACCCUCAGCGGUGUCUGCUGUCACAAAACCCUGCACCACCGCAGACAAAGAAGCUGAUAUGGGCAUUCUGUCAGACAGUGACACAGAUGUGGAAGAAGAGUCUCCUCUGGUCAUACCUGUUGUCAUAGCAUCGUUGUCAGUUCCUAGUGCCAAGUCAGAAACCCCUCAGCCAGUUACUGAUGCAGACACAGAUAAAGAUGAAUCCAGAGCGCCCCCUGCCAAGGGCAGUGACUUUGACUUUGACUUUGACAUGGACUGUGACACAGAUGUGGAAGAUGAAAAGGGGGGAUUGAGAGAAGUAGGUGAGGGCCAGACCCCGAGUCUGUGCAGAGAAAAUACACCUGCUUUGCUGGCUCCACCUCUACACAGCUGCUCGACUCCUGUAAGCAGUCUAGGUAAGCAAUCAGUCAGUCCCAACAUGAGCUCCUGAUAAAAGAAAGUAUACUUUACCAGCCAUGCCCAAAUUAUGCGAUACAAGCAACCUCAAUAUUUUUUAAGCCAAAGCUGCCUGAUUUAGAGACAAUAACAGGGAAAAGAGAGUGAGGCAAGGUGGAAAUUUAAACCUAGAGCUGUUGCUUUGAGGUCUGUUAUCUCUGUAGGGUGGUUAAAGUUAAAGAUAAUUGCUGAGAUAAACUUUCACCCUUGAUAAUUUAAGUAAUAAUGAGACCAACUCCACUGUAAAUGACUGAAUCAUCAAAAGAUACUUGAUUUUAUCAACUGGCUGGUUUAAAUACUGUAGCUUUCAUUUUAAAUAUACUUGUAUAUUUCUAAACCAAACCAAGGAUGUAAUCAUUGUAAUUGUGUUUUUUUUUUCAUUUUUGGUUUAUUUCAGAAAGACAAGUUGAAGAAAUGGAGACUCAGGCUUUCUUGAGUCCCUCUUCAGGUCCAUGUAGAAGUGAGUAAUCUACUUUUUGUCACCGUCAUGUGGAACACACUUUUGUUUCUAUUUGUGAUGUGGUGGGUUUAGUUAAGAGAGGAUUAUUGUUCUGACACAGCAAAUACAUUUCUGCACUGUUUUUAUGUCUCCCAGGUACGGCAUCUUUAAAACCAAAAACCCUGUCCCAUGAGUCGGAUAGCAAUGAGGAUGAGGAUUUCAUUGUAGCAGAGACACAGUCCUUUGUUCUGCAGACUAGAGAAGGCCAAAGCAACCCUGCAGAGGAGGCCACCCAAGCUUUUGGACUUGAUUCCACCGGUGGUGAAAAAGGCGAACUGUCCGCUAGAGAGGGGUCUUUCCAACUGGGGCUGUCAGACAGCAGCCACCAGCAGGGACCAGUCCGGGCUCUGGCCAUGGAGAGCACCCAAGCUUUUGUCUCUGUGGAAGGAGGCGUGACUGUGGAAGAAACCCAAGCAUAUGCAACCAACUUUGAUACCGACUCUGUAGAGUGUGAUUCAAAUCUAGAGGCUACACAGCUGUAUGAAGAGGAUAAGGAGGACGUCAGAGGUUCUGCUGCUUCUAAAAAAGAGGGUCGGGUAGAUUUGGCCCUGGAGGCAACACAGGCAUAUAUUUCAGAGCCCUGCUGUGAUUCGGAGGAUGAAUCAGAUGACAGGAAAAGCACUGCCUCUGCCUCUGCUGAGACUCAGCCUCUAGACUUUCCCACCUCUUCUACUCUUGCCAUGGCUGAAACCCAACCAGUGACUUCUUUUGAUGAAGAGGAGGUUUUCGUUGAAGGAGACCAUGUUUCUACUGUCGAAGUUAAUACCAGGUCACAGAAUGAAACAAAUGGUGGAGGAGAACAUGAGGAAGCAGCUAAUCCUCAGGAGGUGCCUUUCAGUAAAGCUCUGUCUGUAGCUGAAACUCAGCCCAUGUGCACAAGUGAUAAUGAGGAAAAUGAUGAUGAUGAGGAGGAGGAUUCAGUUCCAGGCCCACGGAAAAGAAAAGCAAAGAGGCUCCACAUUCAGGAUGAAGAGUCACAAACACGCACAAACUCUGAGGUCUCUGCAUUUGAAACUCAACCCAUGGAAACAGCUGGAGACCCAGAGAGUGAUGAAGACGAUUCAGUUCCAGGUCCACGAAAAAGAAAAGCAAAAAGGCUCCACAUUCAAGAUGAAGAGUCACAAACGCUCACAAACUCUGAGGUCUCUGCCGUUGAAACUCAGCCAAUGGUUACAGGUGAAAAGGGAGAAAGCGAUGAAGAGGACUCAUUUCCAAGUCGGCGAAAAAGAAACUCAAAACCUUUGGAGAGUCAAGAGGAGGAGACUCAACCCAUCGCAAAUCCUGAGGCCUCUGCUGUUGAAACUCAGCCCAUGAAAACAAAUCCUCGAACGCAGUCUGGGAGAGGAAAGGGGAGACAAUCUGAGGCUGGAACAGAUGGCGCAAAUAUUAGAAGUAGAAGAGGGUCAAGAAGAUUGGAGGAAAAGCAGGAGGAGUCUUCUGAACCUCCAACCAGACAAACGAGAGGGAAGAAUAGAGCACUGCCAUCAACCGGAGGAAGAAGAGGAAAACCAAGACCUGAUGAGACUGAGGAAGAGGAGGAUGUCGAGCAAGAAAAGAAAACUCGAGGGAAUAAAUCCACCAAGCAACAGUCAGAUAAUAAGAUGAAAGAAGACGUACGUGAGAUGAAAAGAACCAAAAAAGAACAAGAAAAGCUAAAAAUGGAAAAACAAGAGAAAGAGGAACAGGAGAGACUGCAAGCUGAAAAUGCAGAAAGGUUAAGGCUGGAACUGGAGAGAGCAGAGGAAGAGAGAAUGAAGAAAGAAAGAAAGGAAAAGGAAGAAAAAGAGAGAUUAGAUUGUGAAAAAGCAGAAAGAGAGGAGAAGGAGAGAAAAAGACAGGAAGAAAAGGAAAGAGCUGAUAAGGCUCAAAAGGAGAAAGAAGAACAGUUGGCAAGGGAAGCAACUAAGAAGAUAGAGAAAGAAAGAUUAGAGCGGGAAAAGGCAGAAAUACUGGAAAGGGAGAGAUUAGAGAGAGAGGAGAAAGAUAAACUGGAUAAAGAAAGAAAGGAACAGGAGGAAAAGGAACGACUGGAGACAGCAAAGAGGGAAAAGGAAGAGAGAGAGAGACAAGCAAAAGAAGAGCAAGAGAGACAAGAAAAGAAAAAACAGGAAAAAGAGGCCAAAGAAAAACAAACGAAAGAGCAAGAAGAAAAGAUCAAAAAGGACAACAAGACUGAAGCACCUGCAAGAAGUGGAAGAGCAGCCAGAAGAACAAUCGCUGUCCCAUCCGCAACCCCCAACUCAAACAUACCACACAUUGAUGAUGAUGAUGUCCCUGCAAGGAGGACCAGAUCUCGCUCCAACUCCUCCAACUCUGUCAGCUCAGAAAGAUCAGCUUCCAGUGUUAACACCCAGGAGGUCAGGGGGAGAGGUCGUGGAAGAGGAGCUAAGAGGAGUAAUGAGCCUCCUCCAGCAGCCACUCCCAGGAGUAGCAAUAGGAGGAGAACGAUGGCUGAAGGGCCGACACAACAGGAGGGUGGUCAUAUUCCUCCUCAGGGAGCUCUUUCCAGGUCUAGCUCCACAAACUCCCUCGCUGAGAUUUCUAGCUGCAGCCCAGUUUCUCAGAGAGGAAGAGGAGGUAGGCAAAGAGGAAGAGGAAAAAAGUCAGAGGCAGACCCCAUCCCUCCUAAUUUUAGUCAAAGCGAUCAAAGUUCAGCUCCUAAACCCGUAGCCAGAGGCAGGAAGAGCAGAAGAGCAGAGGAGUCCUUGAAUGAGACCCCUGAUGAAGAUAAUAAUGAGAAGGUUAACUCUCUGCCGGUGGGUACCACAAGGGGGCGACAGCAAGCCAGUACAAGUGUGUCUGAAUCUGCAGCUGCAGAUGAGGAAGGCCCUUCAAACCAGAAGAGUGCCAAAGGAGAGGAAACACCAGUGCCUCAAAGGAAUGUCAGGGGCCAGAAAACAGUGAAAAAUGAGCCGGUAGAGGCACAAGUAGCUCCUGCAGCUAGUGAUGCAGAUCAGAGCCAAAGAAAAGGACAAAAAAGAGAACUGCAGGCAAAAACAGAGGAGCCCUGCAGUAGCUCCAAAAUUCCCAAAGGGAAGGACAAAGCCCAGCCGAAAAAGUCAGAAGAAGAGGAGACAAAUAGUGGAGCUAAAGAUGAGACUCCAGUCCAAAUCAAAAGAAGAGGUAGAGCAUCCACCGCUCAAGCAAAGAAAGAUUCCCCCACUGAAUCAGAGAAGAUAGAGAAAAUAAAGGAGGAGCCCAUUGUGAGGAAAGUUGGAGGUCGGCGAUCAGCCGUCCAGAAGAAGAAGAAGGGAGAGCAGGAAGAAAGUGAAUCAUCUGUUGACCAAGACACACCUGUGGAGGCUUCAGAGGUAACAGUUUGCUUCACUUCUAGGCCUGAAUUAGAAAUAUGAAAAAUUCACAAAAAUACUUUUGGGCUGAAACAUAAAUCACACUAAACAGAGAGCUGAUUUGUGCGUAAUUGGUGUCCAGUUUCCUCUGUCCUUGGAUGUAAGAGGCUUUGUUUCGGCCAAAAGCUCUGGAGCAUUUCUCUGCAUGACUCAGCCUUUCAAAGCAUUUUAAUGCACUAAGAUCAACAUCGGGGACUGUCUAGGCCUCUGUUCUCUCAGCACCAAGAGUGGUCUGGGCUGCUCUGCAUCACUAUCACUCCACUAAUAAAAUAUGUGUUGUAGUCAUCACUCAGUCACUUCCUGCUCUGCAUUGUCAAUGGGCACUUUUUCCAUGUUUUCUGUCAUUUUUAUAUGUCUUUGUUUCUUCAGUUGUCUUUUCUCAUCCUUUCACAGCCCCAGACUCCAACCAGCACUGCACGCCGGAAGCGUCAGUCUUCGACAGACUCCUCACCUGCUGCAAAGACCCCUCGCACCACCUCCGCCUCCCCUGCACCUGGUGCUCGAUCUCGAGCUUCCAACCAGAUCUACAAGGUGUAUAUUUUUUUUGUCAAAACAUGACCAACUGUGUCGGGAAAAUAAUGCCUUAAAGGAAUAUUUCAACUCUGACAACAACCAAACAAACAAAUACAAAAGAUGAAUUCUUGUGGCUCUGUCAGGUGCUGUUCACAGGCGUUGUGGAUGAAGCUGGAGAGAGAGUGUUGGCUCGUUUAGGAGGCGGUAUGGCUAAAGGUGUUGCAGACAUGAACUGUCUGGUGACUGAUAAGGUGCGCAGGACUGUGAAAUUCCUGUGUGCCGUGGCCAAAGGAGUUCCUAUUGUCAACACACACUGGCUUGAAAAGGUUAGUUAGAUCAUCAGUUAUUCCUGCAGCUGUUCUCAUUUGAAUUUGGAUGUGUAUUCACAAAAAAAACACAGCCACAAACAGACGUACUCAAACUCAAACCAGCUGUUCUUGUUGUCUUCUGUCUCCAUUUCAGAGUGGUAAGGCUGGAAGCUUCCUGUCUCCUGAUUCUUUUGUUGUGAAGGACCCGGAGCAGGAGAAGAAGUUCAAUUUCUGUCUGCAGGAGUCUCUGAGGACCGCCAGUAGUCAGCCUCUCUUACAGGUACUCAUCAUAAGUCAGUCAUAACAUUUAUUCCUGUGCUUGUAUUCUUCCUCUCGGUGAAAGAUGAGAAGAGUGUUAUUGCGGUGUAUCCCUUGGCAGAUGGCACCAGGGUGGGGGAUAAUGUUGAGGAAUAGUGAGUGAGUCAUGGCGGGCAUGCAGAAAUGAUCGUUUUAGGAUCAUCCUCCUCUUUUGACAGACAGGACACUUCAUUCCUUUAAGCUCGGCCUCUUUUUGGUUGAUUAUGCCCACAUCUUUUACAAGAGCUCAGUGUUGAUUGUUCAUCGUUACACUGUGACUAUUGGGAAGUAAUUUGACAUCAAUGUUUAUGCACUCAUUAUGUUUUAUAGGCACUAAGCAUAGCAAGGUAGGGAGCUUUGUUUCCACUCCUGAUACAUUCUCCUGCUAUGCUCUGUGUCUUUAAAGCUUCUGAGGGAUGGCUUGAUACCACACAUUUUGCUGACACACGCCACUGUUGGGGAACCGUAUACCCCUGAAAUACCAAAUCCCACUCCCAAGAGACCUGCAUUGAUUUUCUGAGGCAUGCUCGCAGAGACUGAAUAAAAAUAGAAAGAAAUCACACUUGUUUACAUACUCUGCAUCUCUUUUCUGUCUGUCAGGGAUAUGAGAUCUAUGUAACAAAAUCUGUGAAACCGGAGCCAGUUCAUAUGAAAGACAUAAUCUCAUGUAGUGGAGCCACUUUUCUUCCCAAGAUGCCUUCAUCUCACAAGGUACCAUUUAAAACAUGCGUCAUCAGGUCUAAAAAUACAUCAGAUGAACUCAUUAACUGUAUAUUAUCUGUGUAAUUGUAUAUUUAUUUCCUUCCAGCCUCAGACUGUGGUGAUUUCCUGCGAGGAGGACUUGUCUCUGUGCGGCCCAGCUUUUUCAGCGUCCCUUCCGGUCGUCACUGCUGAGUUUAUUCUUACAGGGAUCCUUCAGCAGAAACUUGACCUUCAGACUCACUCACUCUCUGCUCCUGCUGCUAGUCUGAAAACUGCAGGAGGAAGAGGGAGAAAGAAGACUUAGCAGCGGCAGGUUGUACUGCAAAAGUCUUCAAAAUGUGACACCAUCUACAUGUGGGAAGUCUGCUGCUGUAAUUGGAGACUGGUAGAAACACUUGUCAGCAGUUUGUCUGUUUAAAACUCAGAAAAUGUAUUUGUCACUUGUGGGAAAGAAUGAUUAUUCACUCAUGUGGUUGUUUACUUAGUAAGGAUUAUUGAUUUUACUCUGUAGGCUAUCUGUUAAAACUAAUUUCCUGUUUUUGCAGGAGGGCAAUGAAUGAAAAGACUUUAAGGCACUUGACAAGCAGAAAAAUGUGUCUAAUUUUUAUGUUUCUAAACACUUCUCAAUUCAUUCUCUCUUUCUAACUUUUGCAUCUUCUCCUGAGAAAAUUAAAUUUUUAAUACCGCAGAAGCUGAAAGCAGUUUUGCUCCUGUGCCGGGAGGAAUGAUCACCCAUUAAUCAUCCUUGUCGCUUUGCCCCUCUCAUCCACCCUGGCACUCCAUCCGUCCUUUUGUACCACAAUAACAUGAGUACAAAUUAACACUGCGAAAAUUGCUGCUGCUCUCUAUGUGUGCUGAGUGCUCCAACUCUAUCAACCAGUUUGGCAGGUUACCAGCUGCAAAGUGGGAGUCAUUAAGUCAUGUUUGGGGAGAGAAAUGGAGAAUCUGCUGGGGUCUGUUUUGAAGAGCAUCAACAGUGGCCGGUGGAUAAAAUCAGAAAGUGCUAUUACCCUAGUAUGACGAAUUUAAUGCCUUUAAUACGAAGGUAAUCAUGAACCCAGAUCGGCUUCUCCCUCUGUCUCCAUUAACCACCUCCCCCUACUCCAUUAGGGCUCCAUUCAAUCCUUUUACCUCCAGUGAUGAGACAUGAUGUAGGCACCUGAAUGCUGAUGCCGCUCCACAUAAACGUCUUCUUUGUCCUUGCCAAUACAUUCACCAAAUGUGUCUGUAAAUGUUAGAACAGAAGAUCAGAGAUGAUUUCCCUCUGUAUGAAUGUAAAGUUCAACUCCGCUGCAUCAUUGGUGUUUUAACCACAGACUUAUGAGCUUUGUUUCAGAAACUGUUAAAUAUCUGAUAUGUUAACACCAAUUUAGUCUGUAUUACCUAUGAAAACAUUAAAUCUUUUCUAUGAUGUGUAA